CGAAAACUGCAAUAAACCCACUCUCCCCCUCGAUCUUUGCGUUUAAUAUCUAUAUCCUCCUCCGAUCUUCGUCCCCCUCCUUCGCCGUUUCGUUUUCCGGUAAUACUCCAAAAAAAGUAUAAAUAAAACUCCCGAUCGUUCGUGCUUUCUCUUCUCCUUCAUUGAUUUCAAUAGAUAUCUAUCUUCCUUGCUUACUAUUUUUUCUCGUUUAUGGUUUUUUUUUCUUUUCAUGUAUGUUUGUGAUAGAAGUCGAAUUUAAAAACCAGGAAACUCCAAGCCGUGAUUUUUUUUCCCAGGUUUGAUUGGUUCUUCUGCAUUGCUUUUCUUAAAAAUUCUCCAUUUAAUGUUCAUGGCUACUGUUUAAUUAUCUGUGAAUAUGCUUGAGAGAUUAGUUACGUCGCCGUUUUGAUUUAUCUGUGGAUGUUCAAUAGCGUCACUAACUUCUUUCUUUUCUUCGGUAUUUGUUGCUUUAUUUGCUUACUUGUUCUAAAACUUUUUUUAAAUUGGAAUUUGGGGUUUUACUGUUUACAUUAUUCAGUUUGCUCUGUCUUAGUUCAACAAAUGAAGGAAAGUUGUUAUUUUAGUUUUCUGUAACAGCAAUGCCUAAAAAUCGGAGGAUGAUGGAGGAAUUUAAUGGUGCUUCUUCUGGAGGAGAGCCGGAGUAUGGUGCUAUUUUCAUGUCCAAUAACUCAACCAGGAAGGAAUGCCUUAGCCGAAAGCUUUUCGGUUUGCCAAUUGGGCUAGGAGGAUUUGUUAAACAUGUUAAAGCUGGAAUGAUGUUGUUUUUGUUUGAAUUCGAGAAGAGAGAGCUACAUGGUGUGUUUCAGGCUUGCUCUGAUGGUGCAAUAAACAUUGAGCCUAAUGCUUUCCGCUCUUCUGGGAAACAGUUUCCUGCUCAGGUCAAGUUUACUGAGAAGUGGCGUUGUAGGCCACUUUGUGAAAGUGAGUUUGGUAAUGCUAUCCAUGAAAAUUACUUCACACCAACAAAGUUUAAUUUUGGACUCUCCAAGGCUCAGGUUCAAAGGCUAUUGAAGUUGUUUAGCAUGAAGAAGGUAGAGAGAUCACGACUGAGAGAAACUGCAGCUCCGAAACCGUUAAGGAAAUCUGAAAAUACAGUUGGUGAUCGUGGCUUUAGGAAUCGUUGUGCAGGAGAAAUGGAUGAAGAUGUUGACCGUGAGUUUCCCUUCAGAGUUACACCUUCAGGAGAUCAUCGAGGUCGUAGGUUAACAGAGAAUUAUGGUUUUGGGGAGGAAUCUGAUAGUGGACUAGAGUAUGAUCCAACUAAAGGGAAUGAGUACUCCAGACUUGUUGAUCCCAAACUGCAUGGGUUGAAGGAUAGAUUACGAUGUAAGGUUACCAUGAAUAAUAACUUUGGCACAGAUGCUUCAACUAAGAAUUCGUAUAAUUCUCUAGUUAAUGAUCGAAAAGUCCCGAAGAACUUGAGACACGCUGCAAAUGGAUGGUUAGAAAGUGAGUACCAUGAAAAAGAUGGUAUCGCACAGGCAAGUUUGUGGUCUAACAACAAGGAACGCCUUAAUUUUGAGUCAGAUCCAGUGGUUCCUGCUCAAAGCUCAGUACCUCCAGACUUACCAUAUGAAACAAACACAGGAUACUAUGACCCUGAUCAUCCCAGCAUCAUGGGAGAUGCAACAAUGACAAGCUCUAGGCAUGGUCUUGGUGCACCUAAUGUUGAUCUAACUGGCUCAGCUUCCUUUACAGCGAACUCAAAUUAUGGAUUUGGAGAAGAUAUUAUACCUUUUGGUGAUUAUGUCAGUGACGCCUUGCCCUCCGAGAGAUUCCAACCAUUCCCUGAUGAGCAUAAUGGUACAAGCAUGAACACUAGUAGUCUGGGCUCGGGUGGUUUCUAUAUUCCAAUGCCUAUUGAACAUUGGAAUGGUCAUUUGCGUCACUCUCAGUUUCUUGGUCCCUUAACUUCUGCAGGGGGCACUGAGAACAUGAGGGAGUUUGAAAGGCCGAUGUACUCAGACCGUAACAUCUUCCCUUCAUUUGUUUAUCCUUCAUCAUCAAGGGGUUUGUCUACUAAGGACGGACUCAACAAUGAACUUCAAACAUAUCAACACCCGGAAGAAUUUGGAGAUCAUGUUUCUUAUACAACUGAUAUGGUGGUUCGGGGUCCCAGUAUUCACCCUUCUUUUACCAAUCCUUCAACAUCUGGGGAUGGAGCUGAUUUGUAUCCAGAGAACAGAGCCAAUAACGAAGUUCAAGCUUAUCAACCGCAUAAAGAAUUUGGCGGUGAUGCUUUUGACUCUAACAAUAGGGUGACUCAUCGUGUUAGUCCUGCUAAACUUGAAAGAAACAGAACCAGACCAAGUGUCUUUAAUAGGUUGGGUGGGCGUUUAAAACAACUUGAUGCUGAAAGGGAUACGUCUCCUGACACUGAAUCAGUAGAUGAGGUCAUGGCCUUUUUAAAUGACUGUCACAAAGAUUGGAUGGAGCAAAAAAGAGCAAAUAUGAGUAAUUCUGAAGAUGUUGCAAUACCGAAGAAGAAAAAGGAAAAGAUUCAUACAGCAGAGGUACUUGACAAUGAUUUGAUGCUUACUUUUACUGAGACUACUCCAGAUGAUCUGUUGGAUUGUGAAGGAAGUAUGGAACAUAGUGUUCAAAAGCUACCAUUCAUUGAUUUUAAGCGCCGUAGCAGAGCUCAAAGGAGCCUUGGUAAUCCAACUCAAGGGUGUAAAGACAACCCCGAACAUUCAGCUUCUCCGAACAAGAAAAGGAAGCUGCUGAGACCAAAACUCGUUGAAGAUGACUCAGAAAAGGAUAGAGAAAACAAAGCUGGUCCUAUUAAAAUUGUCUUGGCCUCAGAAAAAGAUAGAGGAAACAAUGAUCUGACUGUAAAAGUCUUGGCCUCACAGUCACCUACUAAAGUCCAUGUCCAUGACUUCCUUGGACGUAAUGAAGGCGACUCGCAAAUGGAUAGAGGUAGGAAUGAUAAUCCUAUUGAAACUGUCUUGGCCUCACAGUCAGCUACUGAAGUCCCCGUCCAUGACUUCCUUGGACGUAAUGAAUGUGACUCGCAAAAGGAUGAUAAUCCUGUUGAAAAUUUAUUGGCCUCACAGUCAGCUACUGAAGUCCACGUCCGUGACUUCUUUGGACGUAAUGAAGAUGACUCGGAAAAGAAUAAAGGAAACAAUAAUGAUCCUGCUGAAAAUUUCUUGGCCUUAGAGUAUGCUUCUGAAGUCCCCUUCCAUGACUUCCUUGGACGUGAUGAACGAUAA